AUGCGCAAGUUACUGAAGCAGCAUGAAGAAAAGCAGCAAAAGAGUACUGUGGACACACCUGACCAGGGUGCCGUUCCUGCCUAUCUCUUGGAUCGUCAGCAACAAACUACUGGUACAGUUCUUUCCAAUAUGAUCAAACAGAAGAGGAAACAGAAAGCUGGCAAAUAUCAAGUCCCUCUGCCUCAAGUUAGAGCUGUCAGUGACGCGGAGGCCUUCAAAGUCGUGAAGUCUGGCAAGACAAACAGGAAAGGUUGGAAGAGAAUGGUUACAAAGGUUACCUUCGUUGGAGAGUCUUUUACACGUAAACCCGCGAAAUUCGAGCGGUUCAUACGACCUAUGGGACUACGUUUCACAAAGGUAUGUAUUCGGCACUUCUGA